UUGACCAAAUUUUUGGUUGAAGAAUGGGAUGCAGUUCCUCAAUCAACAGUGAAUAAUUUGGUUAUGUUUAUGAAAACCAGAUGUGAAAUAGUUUUAGAAAAAACAGCGAUAGAAUAUCAUAUUGAAAUUUUUUUAUCUAAUAAAGGAAUUGAUCAGCUUUUAAAUAAAUUUAAAUUCAUUCAAAUCGGAUAG